UUGUAAGUCGCUCUGGAUAAGAGCGUCUGCUAAAUGACUUAAAUGUAAAUGUAAUAUAGCCUAGUAUAUUCUGAUAAGAACAGGGAGCGAGUGUCCUUGAAUAGCUUGUUUUGUGUGGUUGACACCGUGGUGUGGAUAUUUUGCUUAAUUUACACAGGUGUUUCUCAGACCCAGGGGUAGAAUUGGCGGGCUCUGAUAUCUCACUGCGCUCACGAAAAAGUGGUGCAGAGCACACAGCAGUGUUGCCUACGAAGAGGCGGAAUACCGCGGGUGCAGCUCCGUAAAUAUUAUGUUGAAACACAGCAGUCUUUUAAAGGCGCUUUGUGCGUCGGUAAUCCGCUCUGAUGUCACGAUCAGGAGGAGUUGACCGCUCAGGCCUAAUCCAUGCAAAUUCUCUGAAGGUACAGAGGGACCAGCAAAAAUGGUGAAACGGAUUGUUACGCGACCAACCCAUCCAUACUGACGAACAGGCAGUGCUGUGAGUGGUGUUUCUUUGGAGACGGAAGAACCAUGUUCUAUAUGUAAACAGAUUACAGCAGAGUGAUGAGCCACAAGCAGCAGGGGGAGAGGCUAGGUGAUGCUGUGGGGGCGGAGCAGAAGUCUCCAGCUGCUCCCAGAAACAGGCAUCCCAAUGGCACAGCAGGAGGAGGCGGAGGAGAGGGUGUCCCUGUCCGGAGAAGUUGGAGACCCUGCCAAAUGCUCGGUCAGGACGGGCAGGAUCCUUAUCUUCAUCACCACCACCAUCAUCAUCCCUCUAUUCCGCACCAAGGCUCUGGCCGCGGCCCCCAACGGCACCAUAGGCGUUCACCCUCAGGGCAGGGCCUGUCCAGGCAGGGGGAGGGAGUGGCUAUGGAGCCUCCUCGCCACACCCAGCCGCCCCGCCCUGGCGUGGCCCGUUACCGCCGCCAGGGGGAGCCCAGGGUCAGAGUUCACAGACGGAGACAGCCGCCGAGAGACAUCCAAGAGAUCCACGACCCGCCGUUUCCACAUCAUUGGUCAUCUGACGCUUCUCUGACUGAGCAGAGUGACAUGACUGGUCCAGCAACAAUGAAGCAGCAGCACCUCAUGCACUCCCCUCAACCCCACCACACACAGGACAGUGGAGCACCUGACCUUACUGCUGGUACUCUUACGCCAACACACCACACACCAUGUCCCCCUUCACCUGAUAUCCCCCCUCAAGAGCUGCUACCACCUCUUACCAACAGAGAUUCUCCCCAGCCUCAGGAGGAUGAGGAGAAGGAGGAGGAAGGGCGCAGCUCAUCCAUAACUCAGUCUGUUAGUGCUCAGAGUGGAUUUGACAUCCAGACAGACCUAGAGUGGAACCAAGAGCAGGGGGACCAUGGAGAAGGGGACCUAAAAGAGACGAGUCUUGGAGAAGAGGACAAAAGAGAGAGGGAUUUGGGAGAGGACAACCAGGAAGAUGGAACAAAUGGCCACUGUUCUGACACUGAUAGUGCUGCCUCUCUAAGCAUGGAGGCUCCGUCCCUGAGCCCACCUCCUCGCCAAUCACCACCUACCUCUCCAUCUCCAUUCUCGCCCCCUCCACUUCAGUCUGAGCUCUCGGACCAAUGUAGUGAUGAGUUUAGCCCAAGCCCCACUCAUGGCACUGACAUAAUGCCUGAUGAUGAGAGCUGCACUGAUUCUCCACUGUCCCAUUCCGAAUCUUUCACCUUUACAGACUCGUAUCCAAAGACCUAUGCAGAAUUUUAUUAUGAGUCCUACCCACAGUCAGAAUCCAUCACAGAAUCCUACACAGAGCCCUACGCAAAAUCCUACCCCCAGUCUUUCCCCGAACCCUUGAAAUUAAUGAAUUAUUCAGACUUAGACAGAGAGCUCCACAUGAGAUCUGAGGCCGACCCUGAUGAGCCAUAUGCAGAACCCUACCCAGAGCCCUAUAGUUGUAGACAGAGGGAGCAUGUUUAUAAGGGAGCUACAGACACUGAGCCACCCACCAAUCCACAACCCCAUGCCUCCUGGCCAGGUAGGGAGGUGGGGUUACCACAGACCAGCCCCCCUUGGCAGGGUCGCUCAGUUGGCUCAAGACUGCACCACUACGAUGACACUACGUCUGAUGGGGAGGGUGACAGCCUUAAAGAAAGCUCCAGCUCUCAAAGCCUGGGGCCACCUCCCAGGUAUGUGCAGGGUGAAACCCAGGCAGAGUAUCCCAGCUCUGGGCAGCCUAGUUCAGGCGAGUUACAAGAUGAGCAGGCCAGGAUGGAGCUCAGGCUUCCAGCGGAAGGCCUUUCAGAGGACAGUGUCAGAGGAUCAGGGAAUGCCAUCUCUCUGGCCAUCAGGGACAUCCGAGAGGCCAUAGAGGAGGUGAAGACUAAGACGGUGAGAUCGCCCUACACUCCUGACCAGCCCAUAGAGCCUGUGUGGGUGAUGAGACAGGAAGUCAGUCCUACUGAAGAGGAGUAUUCCCCACAGCAGCCACCGGGAGGCAACGUGAGUCCUGUCUCUCAGUCACCUUCACACUAUACCCAAGUUCCAGCUCGCGACACAGUCCCAUCCCCAGCCCAAGUUCUGUCGCAAGUCCCAGAGCCCGUCUGUCCUGUGAGGGCAGAGUCCUCCAGAACACACCAGGUACAGCACAGGGAGCAUAGAGAGCAGAAGGAACCGCCUCGGCCUCCAUCGAUUGAGGAGAUCCGGAGGAGUAUGCCCUUCUUUCCCUCAUAUGUGGAAGUCCCAGGGCCAUGUGACCCAGAGGACCUGAUCGAUGGCAUCAUCUUUGCAGCCAGCUACCUGGGCUCCACCCACUUGCUGUCAGAGAGGACACCCACUAAGAGUGCCCGCAUGCAGCAGGCCCAGGAGGCUAUGAGCCGUGUCAGGACUGCCCAAAAGCAAGCUAAACACAGAAAGAAGACUGAGGAUGAGGUUCCUUCCUCCACUGAAGUGGAUCUCUUCAUGUCUACACAGAGGAUCAAAGUGCUGAACGCAGACACUCAGCAGGAGUCCAUGAUGGACCUGCCCCUGAGGACCAUCUCCUACAUUGCUGACAUAGGCAACAUGGUGGUGCUGAUGGCCAGGGGGAAGAUGGUGCGCUCCAGGAGCGCUCAGGAAAACUUGAACCAAACCACUGACCACUCUGACCACACCAACAGCCCUGCCCGUGACGACCUUCCCCAGUACAGGAUGGUCUGCCACGUGUUUGAGUCAGAGGAUGCCCAGCUCAUAGCCCAGUCCAUUGGCCAGGCAUUCAGUGUGGCAUAUCAGGAGUUCCUGCGGGCCAAUGGAAUCGACCCAGAGGACUUGAGUCAGAGGGAGUACAGCGACCUGCUCAACACUCAGGACAUGUACAAUGAUGACCUCAUCCACUUCUCCAAGUCAGAGAACUGCAGAGACGUUAACAUCGAGAAGCAGAAGGGAGAGAUGCUGGGGGUGGUCAUAGUGGAAUCAGGCUGGGGCUCUAUCCUGCCCACCGUCAUCAUUGCUAGCAUGAUGCAUUCUGGGCCAGCAGAGAAGUCUGGUCGACUCAACAUUGGUGACCAAAUUAUGACCAUCAAUGGAACAAGUCUGGUUGGACUGCCCCUCUCCACCUGCCAGAGUAUCAUUAAGGGUCUGAAGGCCCAGUGCAGGAUCAAGUUGAACAUCGUCAGGUGUCCCCCCGUCACCAUGGUGCUGAUCCGCAGACCAGACCUCAGAUACCAGCUGGGCUUCAGCGUACAGAAUGGGAUUAUCUGCAGCCUGAUGAGGGGGGGCAUUGCUGAGAGAGGGGGGGUCCGCGUUGGUCAUCGCAUCAUUGAGAUCAACAGCCAGAGUGUGGUGGCCACGCCUCAUGAGAAGAUUGUUGACAUCCUGUCUAAUGCAGUGGGAGAGAUCCACAUGAAGACUAUGCCUGCAGCCAUGUACCGUCUGCUGACUGCCCAGGAACAGCCAGUCUACAUCUGAAAAUGCUGUCCACAUUAGGAGGAUUUACUUCCAUUGUAUUUAAUUAGAUGCAUUUAUUUAUUUACUAUGUAUUCAUUGAUUUUCACAUUCUCACUGAAAUGCUUGAAUGUUUUUGUUCUUCCCCAUUUCUCAGCACUGACUUGCCUUAAUCUAAAUCCAUUUUCAUUAUACAUAUGAAUGACAAGUGCAUCGCUGAAGGCACAAAUUAAUUUACCAGACAGAGUAUAAAUGUGAUGCGUUUGAUCAAUAACCAAAGAACUGAAUUUAAUGUGCAUAUUUAAGAAAAACAACAAGCAAGGAAUACAUUUGGUCUUUCAGGGUCCUAUGAAUGUACUAUAAUACUACACAUGCAAACAGUCUCCAUGGGGGCAUGAAACCAAAAUGUGAGCUUGUCAUUGGACAAAAAAAAAAAAACAACAACACUUAAAUUCAGGCUUGCAUGUACAAAUAUGUAACUCUGCAAAGCAAAGGCAAUGUCCUUAGAUGUUGCAGCUAUGCUAUAAUUUGCACCGGGUUGAAUUAACUCCCAGAAGCCAUCCUGCUUGAGCCAGCAUUAGAAAUAUCCACAGCACUGUCACCUUUAUUUAUAGAAUGAACUAAGACAAGUGAAAGUUAAGUUAUUUGUGUAUUUGUUUGAGAAAGUAAAACUCCCUAUAGUCGAUUUCAGCAGCCUGAGGAACAUGAAUAAAAAUAGUAGAGGAAUACAGACAUGUAGAGCAAAGCAACAGACAUGUUAAAGACAGUAAGAGUCAGUCUCCUGGUAAAAAAACGAAAACGUAUAUACUGUAUAUGCCAUAAAAAUGUGAUCGUCUCAGGUUGUAUGGAUGCAGCUAAUACAGAAGUAAACUGGCAUGUUUUGCCCAUCACCUCUGAGA